GUUAUGAGAAGUAAAUAUGAAGUGUUAAGCAUGGUGCCUGGCAUUCAGUAAGUGUUCCAUAAAUGUCAGCUAUUUUAAUUGUCAUUGUAAAGCAGGGCCAGCCUUUGUUUAUUGACAGAGCAAUAAUUUGAUGAGUGUUCGAAGAUUCUCCUUUCCCAAGAUUUGCUAAUUAUAGUUUCCUAAAUUCCACUUAUAAAUAUCUAUUACUUUGGAUUUAGACUUUUUGCCUUUGGGGCCUUUUUGUUAAUAUGAAAAUGAAUCUUUUGGAACAACACAUACCUGGAAGGGGCCUCUAUGGAGCUGAUGACUUCAAACCUGCUUCUAUUGACACUUCUUGUGAAGGAUACCUUGAGGUCGGUGAAGGUGAACAGGUGACCAUAACUCUGCCAAAUAUAGAAGGUUCAACUCCACCAGUAACUGUUUUCAAAGGUUCAAAAAAACCUUACUUAAAAGAAUGCAUUUUGAUUAUUAACCAUGAUACUGGAGAAUGUCGACUAGAAAAACUCAGCAGCAACAUCACUGUAAAAAAAACAAGAGUUGAAGGAAGCAGUAAAAUUCAGUAUCGCAAAGAACAACAGCAACAACAAAUGUGGAAUUCAGCCAGGACUCCCAAUCUUGUAAAACAUUCUCCAUCUGAAGAUAAGAUGUCCCCAGCAUCUCCAAUAGAUGAUAUUGAAAGAGAACUGAAGGCAGAAGCUAGUCUAAUGGACCAGAUGAGUAGUUGUGAUAGCUCAUCAGAUUCCAAAAGUUCACCAUCUUCAAGUAGUGAGGAUAGUUCUAGUGACUCAGAAGAUGAAGAAUGCAAAUCCUCUACUUCUGAUACAGGGAAUUGUGUCUCAGGACAUCCUACCAUGACACAUUGCAGGAUUCCUGAUAUAGAUGACAGUCAUAAUAGAUUUCGAGACAACAGUGGCCUUCUGAUGAAUACUUUAAGUAAGUAUAUAUAAACACAGACAAUUGGAAAAGUAAGAAUUUAUAGUGGAGCCGUAUUGACUGUGACCUAAAAUUUGGAUAAAGAAAAAGAUUCCUAUUUUAUGCAUUUGAUACUGUUAACAAUUACCUUUUUAUUGAAUUAUGGUUUUCUUUUGACUCUGUGACAUGACGCCUUCUUGGUUUUUCUCCCACCUCUCUAGAUAUUUUUCUCUCAUUUUCUCUCAUUCCUUGGCAAGUUUAUAAUCUUCUGCUCAGUCAUUAAAGUUGGAAUUUCGCAAGGCUUUCUUUUGAGUUCUUUUUUUCUCUUUGUUCUACACUUUUUCCUUAGAUAAUCUCCUCCAUGUUUUUAUUGCAGUCAGUACUUAUGUGUAGAUAACUUGCAAAUUUAUAUCUCUGAUUCAAACCUCUAGGCUUUAGACACAUGUUUAACAUCAUCUCCCAUCAUCUCAUCUCCUUCAAAUUUACUUUGUCCAAAACCAACUCAUAAUCAAUCUUUGGCUGCCUCUGUUACCUCUUAGUGAAGGUAGAAUACAUUUAAUUCUGCAAAUCAGAAGUCUAAUUGUUUUCAAUGGGUGAGUUUCUUCCUCUUUACAGUGUAGCCACUCCUUUGUCAAGUCCUAUUGGUUUUACCUCCUACAUAUUUCUCAAAGUCAUCUGCUUCUCUCCAUCUCCACCACUAUCACAGUAGUUCAACCUAUUACUUCUGGCCUUAUCUACUACAGUGACCUAACUGGUUCACCCCUUUAUCUAGUCAAGCCCAUUUUUGAUCCAUUGUGUACAUUGUAGCCAUAUUGAUUUUCUUCACAAUUCAAAUGCAAUUUGUCAUCUCUUCUGCUUUAACCUUUUCAAUGGCUUGUAAUUUCUUUUAAUAUAGAGGCAAAACACCUUAACAUAAUGGUCUUGAUUUUUCUUUACUAGCAACAUGUGCUUUCUUUUUGCCACUAUACUCAAAUACUUUGACUCACAUCAGGACCCUUAUACAUCCUGUCUAUUCAGCCAGAAACACUUUGUUCUUUUCAUGUAGUUAAUUUUUUCUCCUUAGAUUAUAGUUCAAAGUUACUUUCUCAAGGAAGUCUUCUUAACCUUUCCAACAAAAUCCUAUCCUCUUUUUCAUAGACCUUUAGAAUAUCAGAUAUAUCUACUUUAUAUCAAUUGUGACAAUUAUAAAUUUACAUUAAAUUGUGUGAUUUGCUCUCUUUCUCUAGAGUAUAAUGUUCCAUGAGAACAGGGGCCUUGUUUGUUUUUGCUUAUCACUGAAUUCUAACACUUAGCAUGUGGUACUUGACACAUAGUAGAUGCUCAGUCAAUACUUUUUAAUAAAGGCAUGCAGUUUGGUAUUACCUGGGGAGAAUGGAAUUUCCUGUAUAUUUAGAAUUAAUCUCAUUAUGUUCAUUAAUAAUGAAAAAAAGUAAGCAGCUAGGAAAGACUGACUAGCUCUAGCCUAAUAAUAGAACUAAAGAAGGAAGAAGCCAAGACUGAGAGGCAGAGAAUUGAUAAAACUAUGGGUUAAUUAGGGACCAGCAAAGAUAUUUUGAAUUUAGUGUUAUUCUUGACUUGGGAGGUAAUACUGGAACAUCUGAUUGUUUGAAUGGCCUAGGGAACAUGGAGAAAACUCAACUUGGUUGUAUUAUAUGAGAAUCUGAGUAAAAGCUAGGAAAAAUUUUCAAGAAAUUACUAAGUUCUAUAGUAAAUUGAGCACAUGUCUGGGAGUCAGCAUAUCUGUAUUACAUUCCUGACUUCCUUAUUACUUAUUAUUUAUAUAACUAAUAAAAGUACACUUAACUUUCUUGUAGCUUCAGUUUCUUCAUUGAAAGUGGAGGUCACACUGCCUUAUAGAACUUUGGAGAGGUUCAAGAUAUUUUAUAUUUUAUAAUUUCUUUUUAAAUCUAGAAUAGCAGCAAAUCACACUGCCAUGUGUUUACCUAUACAACAAUCUUGCAUGUUCUUCACAUGUACCCCAAAACCUAAAAUGCAAUAAAAAAAAUCUAGAAUAGUUUUCUAGUAAAACAGGGCACAGUGAAUUUACAUUUUUAAAAUCCCUUCUGUGCCAAACAAAUGGGAACAAUUGGUAAAGUAUUAAAAGAUAAAACCCAGACAUGGCGAGGAUCAAAUGUAAGCUAAACAUCUCCAUAGAGAAGAACUAGACUAUAAACACAAAACAGUGGGUGUAGUGGAGCUGAAGCCAUUGGAUCUGAGUUCAAAAGAAGGUGAUAGUGGUAAGGAUCUUGGAACUUCUGGGAAAGGUAUGAUAAUAUAAUCACAACUUUUAGGGAAACUUUUAGGGAAAUAAUCAGAACUUUCAGGGAAAGGUAU